GCUCUUCUCCCGCCCUGUGUAACUACGUGCUUGGUUGUGAGUUCCCCCGGUGGAGAGCGUCGAGAACAACGGAGCUGACAGCGGCACCUCCAGUCAAGGGGAAGAUGGAGACCAGGGAUUCGGACUUCAAUAUAUUGUUAGCCACUGAUUCGUACAAGGUCACGCAUUAUAAACAGUACCCACCGAACACUAGUAAAGUGUACUCCUACUUCGAAUGCCGUGAGAAGAAGACGGAUCCCACCAAGACCCGGAAGGUUAAAUAUGACAAAACCGUCUUCUAUGGCUUGCAGUACAUUCUUCACAAAUACUUAAAAGGGAAGGUCAUCACCCCUGAGAGGAUUCAGGAGGCAAGGGAGGUGUACCGAGAACACUUUCAAGACGAUGUGUUCAAUGAGAAAGGCUGGAACUACAUACUUGAGAAGUAUGAUGGCCAUCUGCCCAUCGAGAUCAAGGCUGUGCCGGAGGGAAGUGUGAUUCCACGUGGAAAUGUCCUCUUCACCGUGGAGAGCACGGAUCCUGAAUGCUACUGGCUCACCAAUUGGGUAGAGACCAUCCUGGUUCAGAGCUGGUAUCCCAUCACGGUUGCAACGAACUCCCGUGAGCAGAAGAAGAUCCUGGCCAAGCAUCUCAUGGAAACGUCAGGAACUUUGGAGGGACUGGAGUACAAGCUGCAUGACUUUGGCUACAGAGGAGUUUCAUCACAAGAGACUGCAGGUAUUGGCGCCUCGGCACACUUGGUUAACUUCAAAGGAACGGACACGGUGGCUGGGAUUGUAGUUGUUAAAAAGUACUAUGGCACCAAAGACCCAGUGCCCGGAUUUUCUGUACCAGCUGCAGAACACAGCACAAUCACAGCGUGGGGUAAAGACCACGAGAAGGAUGCCUUUGAGCACAUUGUGAAGCAGUUCCCCUCGGUUCCCGUGUCCAUAGUCAGUGACAGCUAUGACAUCUAUAACGCCUGCGAGAAGAUCUGGGGCGAGGACCUGAGGGAGCUGGUGGAGAAACGGAGUGCGGAUGCUCCUCUACUAGUGCGCCCGGACUCGGGGAACCCGCUACACACUGUACUGAAGGUCUUGGAGAUUUUAGGCAAGAAAUUUCCUCCUGUCGAGAACUCCAAGGGCUACAAGGUGCUUCCUCCCUACAUUCGGGUCAUUCAGGGCGAUGGUGUGGACAUCAAUACUCUGCAGGAGAUAGUGGAGGGGAUGAAGGAGCACAGGUGGAGCAUCGAAAACAUCGCGUUCGGAUCAGGAGGCGCGCUUCUGCAGAAGCUCACCCGAGAUCUUCUUAACUGCUCCUUCAAGUGCAGCUACGUGGUGACGAACGGAUUGGGGGUAAAUGUCUUCAAAGACCCUGUAGCAGACCCUAACAAGAGGUCAAAGAAAGGUCGCCUGUCUCUGCAUAUGACACCGGGAGGAGAUUAUGUGACCCUAGAGGAGGGGAAGGGUGAGCUAGAGGAGUAUGGAGAGGAUCUGCUGCACACAGUCUUCCGUAACGGGAAGAUAGUAAAGACCUACACCUUUGACGAGGUCAGAGACAAUGCCAGGCUCAAGCAGAGUGAAGUGGAGGAGCUGCUUCACUGAGACGCCAAAAAGCUUCUUUCCUCCCAUCCCAAACACACCCACUCCUUUUCCCCCUCCCUCCUUUAAAACCUCUUAACUCCACAAGGAUGGAGAUGUUUUUAAAAAAAAAAAAAAAAAAAGCCCCAGCA